UACACUAUUCACUCUCCCCUUCAUUCGAACACCGAACCAGCGGCGGAGCGACGGCAACGCCAUCUCCGGCCUCCCUCUCCCUCUCCCACUCUCUUCUCCUUUUUCUUCUUCUUCCCCUUUCUCUCUCUUUCCCAUUUCCGCCGCUGCAACAGCGGCGGUAAAUCCCUCUCGUUUCCGGCCUCUCUCUAUCUCCCUCUCUUCUUCUUCUUUUUCUACUAAUCGCUCGAACCUCACUAUUCGCGGCUACUGUUCAUCGUCCUCUUAGAUUGAACAGUGGCAGCGACUCCCCAUCUUUGUUUUUAUCGGAGUAUUUUUUUCCAUCGGACCCAACUUUCCGCCUCAUUUCUCGUGCCCUCCCAUGUUUCUCGCACUUGCCUGUCACUGCUGCUGUGACGAUUUGGCUUCCUAACCUCUAUCUCUCUCUCUUUAUUUUCUCCAUCUUCACCGUUUUCCAUUCUCUUCCUUCUCCAUCGAGCCAAAACAUUAACCCGGGAACGUUUCUUAUCUCAUCGUUUCCAUUCUCACCAUUCGAACUAGAGGUCGGCAAUCGAGCUGAACAUCGUCGAACUGGAUAGGAGUUUUCAUUUAGAGGAUAGUGUCACCUCGCCAAGCUCCCCGGUUGCAAACAUCGUCGUUCAAAGUUGAGUAGGAAAGGCACCAUCCCAAUUCCCCCUUGUUGCAGCAUCACACUUCAAACCGGAAACGUCUGAAACUCUGUUCAUCGACUGUUCUCAGGCCGAAACAUACCCAGGAGAAAGAGGGAAAACAAAGGAAGUCAUUCAAGGUGCUGCAUCGGCAUCCCCCACAGAUUUCAGGAGCAGUCAUGAAGUCAUUCAAGGUGGACGGUAGCACCCUCUCUCUCGCCCUCUUUACCGACGUCACCAACUCCAAGGAACUUCUGAAUUCAAUGCAAGCCGGAACACUAGAGCCAGAAGUAGCAUUUCUCAAUGCAUCACUUAUACCAGAUAUUUUCCCUGUUUUAGCAGCUGCAUAUAAGACACUCUUGGCCAAGUCAAGGGAGACGCUGACAACACGAACACUUCAUUCUGAGCUUGUGUACAGUUACUCAGGAUCUAAGCAUAUCACAGAAUCCUUGAAAAGAUGUGGCAUAUCUGAGAAUUCCACCUAUAUUCUUGCUGCCCUCUUUGAUGCUUCUGACGAUGAGAUGAAAGCUGUGGAGAAGCUUAUUAAUGGGAAAGAGAUUGAUUUGGAGGAGUUGGAAGGAAGAGCCGACCAAGCACAGAUACAGAAGCACUACAAAAUAACGGGCCUGGAACUGGGGAUAUCUUCACUGGCAGAUGCUAUAACAUGUCGAAUUGCUUCUCGGGAUGCAUUAUAAUAAGAAAGUAAUAAGACUUGCAGUUUGUUAUUGUGCUUCAUGCGGAAUUCAGUCAAAACUCAAAACGCCUUGCCCUUGUAAAGUUGUAACCCUAUUCCGAUUCCGUCAUCUACUAGUUAAUUGGAUCACCAGACAUUGUUUUUGUGGGUAUUUCAUUCAGAUUAGGGUUCUAGUGAGCAACCAGUUUCAGAUAAAACUUGCAAACUACUUCAAAGAAUAGAUAACAAAUAUCUAUUACAUAAAUUGGGCCAUAGUAUCAGCUUUAAUGAAUCAUCAGAAUGGGAUAUUCAUUGUGUUGGUUGCA